AUGAAACAAAUAAUAUUUUUAUUUUUUUCAUUAUUAUUAUUUAAUUGUUUUUUAAAAACAAAUGGAGACUUUCAAGUUUUAAAUCAAACAACAGUUUCCACAACAUCAAUGUAUUAUAAUAUGGGAAGUGUAAUAGGAUGUUACACAACAAUUUUAAUAGAAAUCCCAUUCAAUUCAACUUUUGGUCAAAUCAAAAAAUUUACAGUUUUUGCAAGUGAAUCAAAUACAUUUAGAAUUCAAUCAGCAAUACCAUUGAAUCAAGAUACUUAUAAAAUUGAUGGCACUAUUUUAAAUUUAGGUUCCUAUUCAAUUUCUUUAAAUGGUAGUUAUGCGAAUAAUGCCACAGAAAAAAUAACCCCAAUUGAUCUAACAUGUAGUGAUGCACCAAAUAUUACAGACUUAGGAAUUGUUUUACCAAGUGAAUCAAUUCCAAUUAGUAGAUAUGGUGAAUAUUUAUUUGAAGUACCAGUCAUUGUUCCCGCUCUUACAGAAUCAGAUUCAAUAGAAUUAUCAUUUGCUUUAAAUGAGUCUUCUCCAUUCAAAAUUUUCUACGAACAAAUAUCAACAAACUUUUUCAUUUUAAGAUUUAAACUUAAUGAUCCUUCAUUAAUAUCAUUUCAAGGUCCAUUGGAGAUUACUCCACAAAAUCUCAAUAGUGGUGUAAUUAUAAAAAGCUAUACAUCAUUCAUAGUCUAUCCAAAUGUUGGUGUUUCAAGUGAAUCUCAAUUCAGUAGUAUUUAUUUCUACCCAGAUUAUAACGGUGAAACAACAUCAGAAUACUUUGGAUAUGUAACAUUUGAUGUUUUAAAUGAUGAUAGAGCUAUAGUACCAGGUGUAACAAAUAAUUUAUUAAAUUUGGAUACUUCAGAGAAAAUGGAUUUUGGUGUUGCUUUUCCAGUUGGCUACAAUGGAACACAUUCUCAAUUUAUGGGAAUUAUUGAACCAGGUAGAAAAGCUUCAUUCUAUUGGUACCUUGCUUCAACUGAUAAUUCAGAUAUUUUACAUACUAGAUUUGUUCCAAAGAGGGAUGUUAGACCUGUACCAAUAUCCACAUCAGCUCAAGAACUUAAUUAUUGUCGUAUUGGUAUAAUUGUUGUUGGAGAUCAAUCUUUUGAUUAUACAAUGCCUACAAUCUAUAAGUUUUCAACCAAUAAUGGAGAUUUCCAUGAAUAUAUUCCAUAUUGGAGUGUAGAUAGUUUUUAUUCAAAUACCAGUAUCACAAGUAUUUCACAUGAAUUAAUUCUUCCAGCUGGUUACUACAAUCCAACAUUUAAAAUGUAUGCAUCAAUUUUAAAUUAUGAUGAUACUGUUAGUUUACAAGUUCCAGGAUCACCUGUUCCACCACUUGGUAAUAGAGCACCGCCAACUGUUUUAGAUAUAGAAUUAAUUUCACCAACUGGUAUUUUAUCAAACUUUUAUAUUUUAAGAUUUAAAGUACAAUCAGAUUAUUCAGAAUUCCAUCAUUUAGAUAUUAAUGGUAAAAAGGUAUAUGCAAUUAAUAUAGUUUCAGGAAGUUUAAGUCAAGGAUCCAUAGGUUACUAUGAAAUCAAUGUAAAUUAUACUUUUAUAAAAUCAUUAUCAAAUUCUUUCACAAUUAGCGCAUGUGGUAUUUUCCUUGAUUGUCAAACCAAUCAAUAUUUCCCACAAUUAUUAAAUCCAUUCCCAAGUUUACAAUUACCUCAUAAUAAUCUUAUCACUGUUUAUAAUAUCACAUAUAUAAAUUUUAAAUAUAAUAAUUUAAAUACAACAAAUACCUCUAGAAAUAAUAUUAUUUAUUUGAAGAUAAAUGGUUUAAGUGGAUCGGGUGAUGCUGAAACUAUUCAAUUUAAAUUAGAUAUUUAUGAUGAUUAUUUACCAUUCACAUGGAAUUCAUUGUUAUCUAUGUUCCAAUGUAAUUUUAAGAUUCCAGGAAAUUAUUAUUCAGGUAAUGUUGGUUACUCAAUAAUAUUGGGUAGUAAUAGUUUUAGUUAUUCAAGUGUUUUUAUUGCAACUGGUUCAAAUUCAACAUUGAAUGUAACUUCAUUAAAAUCUGAUAUGUUACCUCCUAUAAUUAAUUAUAUCCAAGCCUAUCCAACAACUAAUAUUUAUUUAGAUCCUUAUAAUUCAUCAUUAAAUAUUUUUGGAUGGGAUCUUGAAAUUGAAGAAGGUGUUAAUGGAUUUGAUCAUGGCGAAGUCAAUAUUACAAGUGCUUAUGAUAAAGUUGGUUUCACCUUUAAAUUUAACUCUUCAGAUUUAAUCGAUGGUUAUAUUAUUGAAAUUAGAAUUAAUCAUACUGAGAUGGUAUGUUUAGACCAAGCCUAUUCAAUUACAUCAGUUUACUUGGUUGAUAAACAAGGUUAUGAAACAUCAAGAUCAUCUCAAUAUCAAUCAGUUUCGGCAUUAUUUAAAGUGGCAGCAUCUGAUCAAUUAUUAAUUUAUGUUCAAUGUUCAAAUGAUAAUGGUAUUGGAUAUAAUAGUACACAUCCAGAUGUCAUUACUCCAUUUAUUUAUAGUUUUUUCUUAGAUUCUGGUUUAUUUGACAUCCAACUUGAUUAUGGUUCACCUUCUUCUAAUAAAACUGUUAUUGCAACACUAAGUAUAGAAGAUUCUGAGAGUGGUUUAUCAAGUAGACACCAUCCAACUAUUUACCUUCAAGAUGUUUUCGGUACUUUGAUAUCAAUAUCCAUAGGAAAUGGUAUGACAGUUGUUGAUGAUACUGUAUUUACAAGAACCUAUUCAUGUAUUUUCACUAUUCCAUUUGGCUUUGGUUACCCAGCUGGUGCAUCAAUUGCAGUCUAUGGUAUUGUUGAUAGAUUUAUGAAUACAAGAGGUUAUAAUCAUUACUCUUUAUUUUAUGAUAUCGGUAGAGGAACUGUCUCACCUUUUAUAUCCACUUCUUAUUCAUUGGCUCCUAGUAUUGUAAAUAUGGUUCCAACAUUUGAUCCAGAUUAUAAAAGUGCACAAUUUAUUAUCUAUGGUUCAUUCCUUGGUUUGGUUUCUUCCGAUGUUCAAUUAACUAUUGAAUAUAUUAGUGAAUCUUCACAAUCUUCUUCACAAGAUUCUCAAUCACAAGAAUUUACCUUAAGCCCAAGAAAUAUUUUAUCAACCACAACAACUACAGUUCCAUUCACUGUUUCUUCAAUUUUUGGUAAUUUGAUAGCAAUUUCUGUUAAUCUACAAAAUGCAAUAUCCAGACAAAUUCAAAUCCAAUUAAAUGUUGCUGGACAACCAUCAAAUGUUUAUAACUUUAUUUUACCAUCAGAGGUAAUAGAUUCAACAUCUACAUCAGGUAUUUCAACAACAACAACAGCUACUACUACUACAACAACCCAAGAUUCAACAAGUGGAUCAGCUACUUCAGGUGGUGGUUCAACUACAACCGGUGGUGGUUCUUCUACUACUUCCACAACAACUGGUACUUCUGGUCCAGAUUGUUCAAAAUUAUCAAAUUGUGGUGGCUCAAGUCAGGGUAAUUGUGUUGCAGAUAAUACAUGUAGUUGUAUUAACUCAUGGAUUGGAGUAGAUUGUAAUUCUAAACCAUUAAAAGGUGUAUCAAUAAAUGUUAAUCCAAAUGCACCAAGUGCUUCAUUAGAUCAAGAUGAUGGAUCAGGUGUUAAAUUAUCAAGUUUAAUUAAUCUUUACCAAAUUAGAGAAAUUGAUUCAGUUACAAAUAAAAUAAUUUAUCAAUAUGAUUUACAAGAUAAAUGGGUACCAGUAAAACAAGCAUCACCAAUACCAAAUACAUUUAUUUAUUCAAAUACAUUAUCAAAUGCUAAAAGUUCAGUUAUUUAUGCAAAAAUUGCAAUUUAUGAUAAACAAUCAACAUUUGAAUUUGCAGGUCAACAAUAUUCAAUUAAUCCAAAUUCAAUUAAAUUUACAAUUAAUAUUACAAAUUAUAAAGUUGAUAAUGUAUUAAAUAAUUUAGAAUUGAUUAUGCAAGCACAAUUAAAUUCAUCACAAACUGAUGAUAUUUGUUCAAAGAAAGAAGUUGUCAAAGGAAGUGGUUCAGAUCAAUUAUCAGUUCAAUUAAAUAAUAAAUCAUUAUAUUGUAGAUUUUUAAAUAGUGCAUUAUUAGAUGGAGUUACAGUUGUCAAAAAUUUAACUCAUGUAAAUUUAAAUUCAGAAUUUCAAGCAUUGGUUGAGCCAAAUUCUGGUCAAUACUUUUAUGGUAUUGUUUUACCAACCUUUAACGAUUAUAUAAUUUUGGAUCCAGAUUUUUCUUUACUUUUACAAUCAUCUACGAUCUCAAGUGACGAUGGAGGAGUUUGUUCAAGCUCAAGUAGUAAAAAAUUCCCAGUAGGUGCAAUAGUUGGUAUUGUUGUUGGUGGUGUUGCUUUCAUUGUUGUUAUAGCGAUAGUUAUUUCAACAAUACUAUUUAGAAGACAUCGUUUCAGUUCUGUUACAAUGAAACUUAGAACUUGGAACUCUAAAAGACGUUCAAAAUCAAAAUCAUAUAAUUUAAAGAAUUUUUAG